AUGAGGUUUGAAGAGCUGCUAGAGCAGGUGGGCGGCUUUGGGCCUUUCCAACUGUGGAACACAGCCCUGCUGGCCCUGCCCCGGCUGCUGCUGCCCAUGCACUUCCUCCUGCCCAUCUUCCUGGCUGCCGUACCUGCCCACCGCUGUGCCCUGCCUGGUGCCCCCGACAACUUCAGCCACCAGGACGCAUGGCUGGAGGCCCGCCUGCCCCGGGAGCCCGACGGCACCCUCAGCUCCUGCCUCUACUUCACCCACCCCCAGGCCCUCCCCAACACCACGUUGUGGGGAGCGGGUCAGAGCCCUGGGCAGCUGGAGGGCGAGCCUUCCACAAUGCCCUGCCCUCAGGGCUGGGAGUACGACCGCUCCGAGUUCUCCUCCACCAUCGCAACCGAGUGGGAUCUCGUGUGUGAGCAGAAAGGCCUGAACAAAGCCACGUCCACCUUCUUCUUUGCUGGUGUGCUUGUGGGGGCUGUGGCCUUCGGAUAUCUGUCUGACAGGUUUGGGCGGCGCCGCCUACUGCUGGUGGCCUAUGUGAGUUCCCUGGUGUUAGGCUUGGCGUCUGCAGCCUCGGUCAGUUACAUCAUGUUCGUCAUCACCCGCACCCUCACUGGCACAGCUCUGGCUGGCUUCACCAUCAUCGUGAUGCCACUGGAACUGGAAUGGCUGGACGUGGAACACCGCACCGUGGCAGGUGUCCUGAGCAGCAUCUUCUGGACAGGGGGUACGAUGCUGUUGGCACUGGUCGGGUACCUGAUACGGGACUGGCGAUGGCUUCUGCUGGCUGUCACCCUGCCUUGUGCCCCAGGCAUCCUCAGCCUCUGGUGGGUGCCUGAGUCUGCGCGCUGGCUUCUGACCCAGGGCCGUGUGGAGGAGGCCCACGGGUACCUGCUUCGCUGUGCCAGGAUCAAUAGGCGGCCUGUGGGUGAAGACGGCCUGAGCCAGGAGGCCCUGAGCAAAGUGGCCACAAGUGAACGAGUGGUCCGAAGACCUUCGUACCUAGACCUGUUCCGGACCCCACGGCUCCGACAUAUCUCACUAUGCUGCAUGGUGAUGUGGUUUGGAGUGAAUUUCUCCUAUUAUGGCCUGAGCCUGAACCUGUCGGGGCUGGGGCUGAACGUGUACCAAGUGCAGCUGCUGUUCGGGGCCGUGGAGGUGCCCUCCAAGCUGCUGGUCUACGUGUUGGUGCGCCGCGCGGGACGCCGUCUCACGCAGGCAGGAACGCUGCUCGGCACCGCCCUUGCUUUGGGUGGCAGACUGCUGGUGACCUCGGAGAUGGGGUCUUGGAGCACCGCCCUGGCAGUGAUUGGGAAAGGUUUUUCUGAAGCUGCCUUCACCGUUGUCUUUCUGUUCACAUCGGAGUUGUACCCUACGGUGCUCAGACAGACAGGGAUGGGGCUGACUGCACUGGUGGGCCGGCUGGGGGGCUCUUUGGCCCCACUGGUGGCCUUGCUGGAUGGAGUAUGGCCGCCACUGCCCACGCUCGCGUACGCGGGGAUCACCCUACUGGCUGCCUGCAUUGUCCUCCUGCUACCAGAGACGAAGCAGGCACAGCUGCCAGAGACCAUCCAGGACGUGGAGAGGAGUGCCCUGUCCAGGCUUCAGGAGGAAGAGAUGCCCAUGAAGCAGGUCCAGAACUGAGUGGCAUCAGGGGCAGGCCCUCCACAGAAGUUCUGCCGCAGGGGAUGGAAGAUCAGAAGGGCAGGCCCUGUGUCUGGGGCUAGGGGCAUCAAGUCCCCUGCCCAGGACUGGAGUUGCCAGCAGUGCCCCCUUGUCUGUGCUCAUCCAGCCUUGACUAUUUGGCCUCCAGCAACUGGGCAGCUUCCUAGAAUGCAGCAGGCUGCUGGGUAAUUCUGGUACCCCUCUCAGGGCUGGGGGAAUUCUGUAAAUAAAGGUGCCCCAUGGGUUUGGGGCAGCAGUGAGGAACUGUGGGAUGAGCCCUGGAUGGGAAGCAAGAGUCUGGCCCUGGGUUCUAAUUCCAACUUUGCCAUGGAUUUGCUGUGUGAUCUUGGGCAUGUGGCUUUCCCUCUCUGGGCUUCAGUCUCUUCCUCUCUCAGAUGGAUAAUGAAGCCUCUUAGCAGACCUCACCACAGGACCUAUCUGUUGUGCUCAAAUGAGAUGCUGAAUCAUGUGCUUCUCCUAGAGAUGGUGCUAAAGAAGGAAUUGCCAUAUGAUGACUAGUGGCACCAACCAACAGGGCCGGUGGGCAUGCCGUCCACUCACUGUGUGGUGCUAGGAACUGUCCAGGAAGAGGGUGACAGGAGAACAGAGCUCUUUGUUCCCAUGGCCGGCCCUGUCCCUCCCAGGUGGUUUGCAGGGUAAUGCAUCCCCCCUCCCCACACCUCCCACCCUCCAACCCAUUGUUUUAGGCCUCAUGCCCAAAGAAGAGUUGAAAGCAUGGGAGCCAACGUUUUAUUGGAGAAGCCAAAAUAAACAUGUUUUUUAAGUGCC